AUGACUGUCGCGCGCUGGGCGUCCCGGACGGCGCCAGAGCUCAGCGCAGCUGAGGCAAUCCGUGUCGCAAACGAGCUCCUCUCUCAGUCCACGGAGACGACCUCGCGGCCGUCGGCCGUUCGCCCGUCGUCGGCGGUCAAGAAGCGCCUACCAGCAACGACGAUGAUGACGCCGGCGCCGUCGAUCGAGCGAUGGCUUCGCGCCGAGACGACAGUCGCGUCUAUGGCCAGUGUCGGCGCCGCCCUCGCCCUCGAGAUGACCGAGCUCGACGGCCUCCUUUCGAAACGCAUUGCGCUGCCGUACUACGACGCCCACCUCAUGGACGCCGACCUCCAGGCGCUGCAUGCGGCGCUCGGCGCGCAGACCGACGCGUACUUGAGCGACUUGCACGACGGGUUCCGCCGCCUCCGCCGCCUCGUCCACACAACAGACAACUCGCUGCAAUCACUCGCAUUGAGCUCGGCGCGGUACCUGCCCCGGCACGAGAUCCAGGCCGCGAUCAAACCGGUCCUCGCUUCGGAUACCGCGCUCUCAUUCGAUCGCAUCGACCUCAUGCUCGUGCACUGCGACGUCCGUGGCGAUGGCAGCGUCGACAUGCAGCGCUUUAUGACGCUGCUCGAGGCGUCGCCGCCGCCCCGCGAACGCAUCAUGCAAUUCGCUUUUUACCUGCUUUGGCCACGCGCGCUCGUGUCGAGCGGCCAUGACGAGCGGCUGCGCAUUUACAAGCUCGUCGCGCUCCUCAAGGAGAAUCAUGCACGCGACCCGGUGCCUGCAUUUGAAAUGACGUUGCAGUGGCUCCAGGCGUUUGACGCGCCAGCGCUGACCUUGACCGACUGGAUGUGCUUCCAUCGGCUUCAGAGUGAUAGCAUGGACCACGAUGCAGACUUUGUGCGCUUCCUCCACGCGACGUGGCAUGUCCUGGCGAUGGAGCCCGUGCCCAUGACGUGGCAGCGCGAGAGAGCCAUGUGCGAUACGCUCUUGCAACAGGCAGCGGAAGCGCGCACGGCGCAAAAGGCCCAGCAGCGACGAAGUGGCCUCGCCCACGAACUCCGCGACCUCGAGACGCGCGUGCGCGCGCUCUGUGUUCGUCUUCGCGAGGCUUGUCUCUCGCUCACCCGCGCCAGUGUGUCGGGCGCUGUCUUGGCCGCCGACAUGAGCGCUGCCAAGAUGGUGUUUGACCAGCUGCAUCGCCUCGAGGCACUGCACAUCACGCCGGUGCUGACGACGCUCCCGGACGCGGCAGCGCUCGCAGGUCUGAUCGAAUUGGACAUUGCGCACCUGGGGCUCUGGCACUUGCCCGGCACAGAGCUCGUGCACUUGCGCAUCUUGCGGGCGUCGCACAACCAGCUCCGCAAGGAGAGCCUCCCCAACGUGCGCGCGCUUUGGCCGCAGCUGCGCGAGCUGGACGUCUCCAACAAUGCACUCACCGGUCUUCCCGAGAUAUGUCAGUCCUGGACGCUCCUCGAAGCGUGCAAUCUUUCGAGCAAUCAACUCGUGACGCUGUCCGAGACCAUUGUUGGGGAGUGGCGUCAGCUUCGCAGUUUGCAGCUCCACGACAACCGGCUCACUUCGCUGCCGAGCACACUGCGCCACUGCGAGGCCCUCACAACCCUCUUCUGCCACCGCAAUGCACUCCACGCGCUGCCUGCGUGCGUGGCCGAUCUGGACGCGCUUGCGGAUACCACCUUUCACCACAACCAGAUCACGUCUCACGGCAUCGGACCGGCUGUGCCCGAGCGGCGCCAUCUGCGGCAGCUGGCGCGGUGUACCUUGUCCUACAACAGCCUCGAGUCUCUGCCGUACGAGCUCCGGGACCUAACCCAGCUGCGGUCGCUCAGCCUCGGCCACAACCAGAUACGCGACCUUGGAUCCGCCGACUUUUCUGGCCUCGUUGUAUGCACCGAGGUCGACUUGCGACACAACUGUCUAAGGGAGCUUCCGCCCUCGCUGUUUGCGAUGCCGAAGCUGCAGCACCUUUUCGUGCACUCCAAUAUCCUGACCGACCUCCCUUCCAGUAUCGGAUUCGCGCCGGCACUGAUUUCGGUCCAUGCGCACACCAACCAUUUAUCCAGUGUGCCAUCUGAAUUGAGCAAUGUGGCGACCUUAGCGCACUUGGACCUGUCGCGGAAUCGACUACGCACCCUACCAUUGGCGUGGACGGCGUUUCUAACGCAUCGCCAGCCCGAAAGUUCACAGCUCGUGCUCGAGACGCUCAAGCUGGACGACAACCCGUGGGAGAAAGCGCUGGAGGACAUUGUCGUCCAUGGAAGGUACACGUCGCCGAGCGCCCAGCAAAUGACACUGACGCUUCUCAAGCUCGUCGACUACCUCCAAAUCACAACUACGAAGCGCUCCAAAGUCGACUUUACCGUGUUCCAGAAGCAGCACAAGAACGACAAGAAGGUCUAUCGCCUCCGCGUUCGGAAGGGCCAGGCCAAAGUGGCCACCGAAUACCUCGAGUGGGCCUUCCGUGACCACCGCACGGCGUCUGGCGGUGUCUCAAACGCCCGCUUUCGCAGUAUUUUGCUCGACCUCGGGUGUCCGUGGACCGCUCUCGAGUGGUCGCGGGUCCUCGACCGAUUCCCACUGCAGCCAGAGCCAGGCGUUGACCUCGACCGCUUCUUGGACGCGGUCGAGCGAGUCCACGACGCGCCUUUCGAGGCUCCCAGCUUCCCCGAACAAGUCUGCAUGUACCUCCAAGACGCGACCGCAGCAUCUGAGAAGGCGGCCAUCUCAAAACCGUCUGCGCCUCGUGCACCGACAAGUCCUGCACCGACGCAGGCGACGCUCGCUACCACGUCAGCAACGCCUGUCAAGGCACCAAGCACUCUCGCGCCGACGCCAGCAACCCCGACGCCGCCCGAGACAAAGCCCAAGACCAAGAACGCGUCGAGCACCGAAGCCCGACUGCGCCACCAAGUACUUCGACAGCGCGAGCGCAUGGUGAUCCUCCAGCAACAAAUGCUCGACCAGAGAGCGCGACCGGUCGUCGACACGACAGCGGCGGCUCGGGGCGACCCGAUCGCGACAGCUGACGAUAACGCCAAGCGCCAAGGACUCACGCUACAUUGCUUGGGCGAGACGAAGCGGACGAGUCUCGUCAUGACGGCCUACGAGUUGUCAUGGACAGUACGCGAGCUCAAGCAACAGAUUGAGGGCGAGCACGACAUUCCAACGUCAUCGCAGGUGCUGCUGGCCGUCUACCUCGACCGCCGUCUGCGUCUCGCCGAUGCGGUCGUCCUGGCAACGGUCCUCCACGACACACCAACGCCGUCGCUGCAACUCCUCGUGGGCCCUCCAGUCCGCGCGAUUUACGCACCCCGCGGCGACACCUAA